GAGAAAAGGGAGGGAGGGAGGGAGGGGAGGUAGAGAGAGAUAAAGAGAGAGGGAGCAAGAGAGAGAGAUGAAAAGCAUGCUAAACGAGAGAGAGGCGAUCAUACUGAAGGAGGCAGAGGCAACAGCUACAGCAACAGCACGCUCCUUCCCCAUCCUCCUUCUCCUCUUAUAAUCCCACAUCCACGCCGGUGGGGGGGAGAUGGAGGGCGCCCUGACCCGCUGAGGAGCACUGUCUGAAGGAGAAGAAAAAAUCUCAAAUGAUCCCCCCUCCUGUGAAUGCCCGGAUCAUUUUUUCUGGGACAAUAACCAACAAGGAGUGAAAGGAGGUGUGCGUGCGAGAGCCUGUCGGAGGGAGGUGGAGGAGGAGGAGGGGGGAGGGAGAGAGAAGGAGAGAGAAGAGGGUUUUUUAGGGGGGGUGGGGGGUGGCAAGUGGCAGGUUUGGUACAGCUGCUGAUGCCAGAGUCUUGAGAGUGAGACAGACUGAGGGAGGACCCGAGGAGUGGAGGAACCAGCACGUGUGAAGCGGUGUCGGCAACUUGUGGUGCUCAGAGAGGGGAGGGAAAUUAUAGAUUCAUAUUUGCACACAGCUGGACAGAUGAGGAGGCAUCAAGGACCACGCUUCAGUCCUGGGUGUAUGGUGUACUGACCCUGCCUGCGACAGGCGAGGAGUCAGAGGACCAGGGCCAUGAUUGGCUCUCCUGGCCCUGGUGGGCGUGCCUUAGUGCCAUGGCCGAGGGUGUGGCGAUGGGUCCUGGCUGCUUCUCUGGUCGCCAUGAUAACCUUGACACUGCCAGGAAGUAGCCAGGCCUGUCCGCCACGGUGCGAGUGCUCGGCCCAGCUGAGAUCGGUGUCGUGCCAGCGGCGGCGGCUCACCAACAUCCCAGAGGGCAUCCCCACGGAGACACAGCUCCUGGACCUCAGCAAGAACCGGCUCCGCUGGGUGCAGGCCGGUGACCUGGCGCCGUACCCGCGGCUGGAGGAAGUGGACCUCAGUGAGAACCUCAUUGCCACAUUAGAGCCCAAUGCCUUUGCCACCCUCCAGAGUCUUAAAGUGCUGAAGUUGAGGGGAAACCAGCUGAAGUUAGUGCCCAUGGGGGCCUUUGCCAAGCUGGGAAAUCUGACCAGCCUGGACCUGAGUGAGAACAAGAUGGUGAUUUUACUCGACUACACCUUCCAGGAUCUGAGGAGUCUGAAACAUCUGGAGGUGGGAGACAACGACCUGGUUUACAUAUCCCACAAGGCUUUCUCAGGGCUGCUGGGGCUGGAGGAUCUCACAAUAGAGCGCUGCAACCUGACAUCCAUCUCUGGCCAGACGCUGUCCUAUCUCCGCAGCCUGGUCACCCUUCGCCUCCGUCACCUCAGCAUCACCGCCCUGGAGGACCAGAACUUCCGCAAGCUCUCCAACCUGCGGGGUCUGGACAUCGAUCACUGGCCGUACUUGGAGUACAUCUCCCCUCUCAGUUUCCAGGGCCUGGACCUCCACUGGCUCUCCAUCACCAACACCAACAUCACCUCUGUCCCCUCCGCCUCCUUCAAGAACCUGGUGCACUUAACCCACCUAAACCUGUCCUACAAUCCUAUCACCACACUAGAGCCCUGGGCCUUCAGGGACCUGCUGAGGUUGAAGGAGCUCAUUAUGGUAAGCACAGGGUUGAUGACGGUGGAGCCCCAUGCCCUUGGAGGCCUCCGACAGAUCCGGGUCCUCAACUUCUCCUCCAACGACCUGCAGACUCUGGAAGAGGGCUCCUUCCACUCUGUCAACAGUCUGGAGACCCUCAGAGUGGAUGGGAACCCCCUGAUGUGUGACUGCCGUCUGUUGUGGAUCCUGCAAAGACGCAAGACCCUCAACUUUGACGGCAGAGUGCCGGUGUGUGCGGGGCCGGUGGAGGUGCAAGGGGUCAGCCUCAGCACCUUCACCGAUUCUGCACUCUUCGAUCACUUUACAUGCCAGAAACCUAAGAUACGCAACCGUAAACUGCAGCAGGUGAUCGCCCGUGAAGGCCAGCCAGUGAGUUUUCUGUGUCGAGCUGAGGGAGAACCAGCACCUGCUAUUGUCUGGAUUUCCCCACAGCGCAGACGGAUCACAGCUAAGAGUUCAGGGCGCAUUACCGUUCUCCCUAGUGGCACCCUGGAGAUCCGCUAUGCCCAGCUCACUGACAGCGGAACAUACAUCUGCAUUGCCAGUAAUGCCGGAGGCAAUGACACCUACUUCGCCACACUCACAGUGCGUGGCCAGCCGCUGGACGCCGCCUCAGCCUUCUUUCUCAACCGCUCGCUGUACAGCGGCGAGUUCUUCAACGACACAAAUCUGAACAGCACACGCGUUUUCCUCAAGUUCACCUUGGACCUGACCACCAUCUUGGUCUCCACGGCAAUGGGUUGCAUCACCUUCCUGGGGGUUGUCCUCUUCUGUUUCCUGCUGUUGUUCGUGUGGAGCCGGGGACGCGGCCAACGCAAGAACAACUUCACAGUGGAGUACUCUUUCCGGAAAUCUGAACCCGCCACUGGAGGCUCCUCGGGAGGGACCAGGAAGUUCAACAUGAAGAUGAUAUGAAACAACGCAGCCAGGGGUCCCUCGGGGGAGGCAUGAGCACGUCCCAAAGACGUGUUUGACACACGCAAACACACACAGCCACUGACUCGCAAAGGAGCUUGAAAGCACCAAAAUAAGUUCCCGUCUAUGGCUCCAUUCAAAAUUGAGUGUCCACUUCAAAACCGGAGCCAUGACUCAAUUGGGUUUGAUUUGUGAAUGAAAACAAAAUGACCCUGAUCUCUCUGCCUCUCAGUGAUUUUAAAUGGAUUGUUUGAAUGGUACCGUAAGAAACUACAGUGCUGAUAGAUCUAAAAGAGCUGCUUGUCAUCUAUACUUGAUAUGAAUAAUAGAGUUAAGAAUUAUAGGAGAUAAGUUGUGAAUUGGCAUGAUUACUGAGCUGUGGAAUACCGGUAGCCGUGUCUUUCAGAUACAUUAAUGAGAAAAUGAAAAAGAUUUCCUUUUCAUUAAAGUUUCCCUUUUCUGUAUUUUGUGCAGUAAGGGAUUUUAAGAGAAAUAUAAUGCAGGGAGACCUGGCUACCAUCCAUUUAUAGAAAUUGUAGCUAUGCUCUUCAAGAGUCUGCCUUGUUAAGAGUCCUGCAUGUAGAGUUGCAGUUGAGAGUUAAGUUGUAAAUUUUUACAACUAAAUAAAAAACAUGGUUUUGAAACAAAAUCUGAAUAUGUUUUCCAUAGAACAUUCAGUAUAACAGCCAGCUUUAUCUAUUCUGACUAUGGCUGAACAGUGAGGAGGAUUAUAUUGGGUCAAACGCUUCAUUAACAUAAUCAUAUGUCAUUUGUUUUAAUCAGCAAAAGCUUAGUGGAUGUCUACAUACUCUAGCAUGAUCUGAUUAUAAUAUCUGGUGAGAAGGAAUUGAUUUGGAUCAUUCAGAUGAAAGACAAACAGACAAACAAAGCAUGAUUCGGCCUCUUCUUUGUGAGAUUUUGCGACAACGUUAGCUGUGUGAGUUUGGGACGAGCACACUAGCCGUGAGCUGCCGUGGUGGCCCGUGGCUUCGAGGGCUUGGUUAGGAAGUCAAGCCCACUGGACACGGGUCUCUACGGUAACCAUAGCAACCAGCACAAGAGGGAGCAAGGGGGACCGGGCUGGUGGCCCCGCAAGGGGAGGGGGUUUGCUCUGCAGAAGGGGAGGGAAGACAGAGGUCAGUGUGACCUCUGCUUCCUCUCCCCCAGAUCACAAGCCCUGUUCAUGCUCUAAUGUCAACUGGAAAGGGACCCCGCCCUAUCCCUGCUCUCUACUGUGCUGCGGGACUCCUGACCUUCCCAGUGCCGCCCGGGGGGAGCAGCCUGGAGAGUCGGGUCAUACUCAGAGGCAGACAGAGGACACACAGUAACACUAUGGAGGUGCUCAUAUUUAUCUACACACUCAUCCUAGUACAUAAGCAACACAUGUAUAGCUCCUUUUCUCAGGAAAAGUGAAAAAACUAGCCAACAGAGUGAGAGUAACCACACAUACUCACUCUGUUAAAAUAUUACAUUCCAGCAAUACUGUAUGUAGAGCCAUAAAGCCAAAAUUCAUUCUCUGAGAGAGAACUGAUGUAAAUUACUGAGUGAAGAAACAAAGCCAUAGUAUGUGUAGAUUGUUUUUUUAUACAGUAGUGUCUGCAUGAUCCAGUUAUAUAAUAAUAAUUAUUAUUGCCACUGCCAUCUUACAAGCUGUCGUGAUGAUCAUAAGACCAUCUGCUGUCGCUGGGCUUGCAUAAAGUUGCACCCCAUAACACACAGACACACACACACACACUCACACAAAACCAACAUCAAGGUUAUUUGAAUUGGUAGCAACAACAAUCACAGUUACACAUGAAUAAAAAUACAAAAUGACAAUGCACCAUAGUCCUCGUAAGGUGUGACGCUGACUGCUCUCUCUCUGCCUCUGAGACGGUCAGUGUGCAAAUGUCUCUGCCCCCCUAGCCCAGUGCAUCCCCCCCUCCUCACCCCCCACCCCCCCAUACACCCCCACUGGGUCCUCCUUUGGGAGGGGUCCCUGGCUGGAGACCAAGGAUUCAAAUGUAAAUGAAGUCGUGUUAACCCUACCCACACCAUGUGCAUCGUAAUGUGGAGAGUAGUACUGUGGUUUUAAAAACACACACACAAAAAAAAUGACAAAAAACUUUCUUUGAAGUGUUCUGUUGCUUCUUGUUUGUCCUCCAUUUUAAUUUCCUCAGUUGUUGUUCUCCGUGACCUUUUGGCUGUUUACCUCUUUAAGCUCCUUGUCCUCCGUGUGGGAUUGUUCUGUUCUCAAGACCUAAUAAAGUUCGCUUACACUAGACAGCUCCCCUUCAAAUCUCAGUGGGCAAAAUCAACUGAAACCAGGCAGGGCAAUAUGUUGAUCAAGAAACGAGAGCUAAUCUAAAGCAGUGGUGUCACAAAAUGAUUAAUAGGAUGAGAAAGAAAAAAACAUGUUUACAACACAUGAUUGUAUAAAUGUUUCUGAAUUAAAUCUAGGUUUUAUUUUUAUUUACUUAUUUUCAAGUACUGAAUAUUUUUGCCUCUUUUGGAGUCAGUGCACCAGGUCUUCGUAAGUUGAAACUUACUAAGUAGAUUUAUGCAUCACUAAGUUAAAAACUGUUGUACCAUGCAGUUCAAUACAAUUAUUUGGCCACCAAAACUGUUAUAUGUGGAAAUUACGCUCAGUGACUUCAUGUUUUGCUUAUUGCUGUUGAUUGUGCAGAUGUUUCCCAGCAACAGGUUUAUACACAGUAUCAAGUUUUUAAUAGCUAAUUCCUUAGUUUAAUGGUGCAGCCUGUACCAAUAAAUCAGUUUAAGAUUAUUCAGUAGUUUCUCAGAGCAUAGGAGGGUCUAUACACACAAAUGUAGUGAUGGAUUAACCCAUAGCUAGCACAGCUAAUGUUAGCGUGUUAACAUAUAGCCUAUUUAGACUGAAGAGUAAAAGAUACCUGACCUUACCUGACAAUCAAAAAGCUGUUAGUGUCAGUGAUGUAAACUGGAGAGAUUUUAAAUUACAUUCCACCAAAGCACAGAAUAUAUUUCAAAACUUUAUGUCAAUAACAUUCGGUGGUCAAAUGACCUUGCUUAGGUUGAAGACUAUGAGCAUGUGUAACAUAGGUUUUGCAAGAAGACAUUGCUUCAUUUUCUAUAAAAUGUAUCAGCCACUGAUCUAAAGCACACCUAAAGCUUAUUAUUAGGAAAUGAUUUGCCCCAGGUAUGAGAGACUCUCAGACUCUCAAAACUUUUGCAAAAUAAAUCCUGCAAACUCCAUUUUAGUCCCUUGUGAGAGAUGAUGAAACCCCGGCUUCUGUGUCAGGAUGAAUAACUCAACAGCUGUUAAAGAUUCAUGAGACCGAAUGAGAAUAGAUGAACAAAUUGGCCUGGUUUUUUUACACUGCCUUUAACAGUGUCAGUGGCCAUUUUGGCUUACACGGUGUUGAGAACAGGACGUUGCCUUCAUGGACAUUUCCUCUCCUCGAGCCAACCCUUUCGUGUUUCCAUUCCCUGGUAUUUCUCAGUGGAAACUAGGUUUAGAAGACAGUGAGAAUGUCUGUAGUGAUUGUUGAUGGUGUUAUUGUGUAAGCAUCAAUCACAAAUGUAAGCAUAGAUGAGGGUGUGUUUCAUUUUAUUAUCUUCUUCUCCUUCUUCCUCCCUUUACCUUCCUCUUCCCCUCUUCCUGUAUCCUGUCUUCUUAACAUUUCCAACCCUUGUUGUCCCUGUUCACAGUAUUAGGCUGGAAUAUGGUUGUGUGGUAGUAGACACGUGUUCUGUGUGGUCGGUGAGUCAGUGUUAUCGUGUUAUGAUUUGUUGCUCCUCGUGAUGCCAUCGAACAUAUGGAGCAGUGAUCGGAUCGGUGGAGACAAAAGAUGAAAGGGGUGACCCAGGUUCCUAAAAAACAAAAAAACAAAAAAACAUUGGUUCCCAAUGUUUCUUUCAUGCCCUACCCAUUCCUGAAAAUCCACCUCUGGAACUUUCCCACUCUGCGCAGUGCCACUCUGGGAUCUUUCUCCAGAUAUGAAAACCCAUGGACUGUACUGUAUGUAUUUUCUCUGCUGAUAUCUUGUCACACUUUAACUUUCAAAUGUAGAAAGGGGGGUUGUGGGUCGGAUUGUUGUAAAACUGUGAGCAUACAUUCAUUUUCUGCCUACUUGGGUACACUGAGUCAUUUUGACAAGGAAUCCAUUCACUGAAAACUCACAUUUCAAUAUUGGUCAAGGUUGGAAAUAAGCGCUUGUAUCUAUUCAAGCUCCACAAGUCCUUCAAAGCUGGAGGAACUCAUUUUACUUCAAGCUGAAUGCACUCUGUCCUUUCCCCUCCAACUUAAAUUUCCUCCCAGAGGUCCAUUAUCAAUGGUUUUCAGACUAUGAUAAGCAUUUUAAUUGAUAUAGCAAAGACUUUGCCAGACAAUUCUUCAGCAGCUCUCCUCAAAGAAAAGAUGCCAGUACACACAGCUUCGCAAGCCAAGCCAUCUCGUCAGUCUGGCUGACAAAACUCCCAGCGUUUGUAGACACUGAUUCAUAUCCUCUAAUGUGAUUCUUGAGAAAGUAGGCUGAGCGAUCCCCUGCUCCUUCCUCCAGUUCGUCCUUGCCUUGGGUUGGUGUACCAUAGUCUAGAUGCCCCAUUUACAGCAGCAGGAACAGCAACUUCUCUAUUAGGGAUACCUUCCACUGGGGAACUCUUCAAAGACACAGACCAAAAUAAGACAAACCCUCAGACACAGAUAAUCAUGGCGUCAUUACCAACCAGGUUUGAAUUAUUCAUCUUUUGGUUUGUAGCAUUGAACUCAUUCUAUCCCUCAGUUAAAUGGGGCUGUGCUCUUGAUACAUUUUUUUUUUUACUAUUUUGAGCAUAAAUAUUUCACCUUUCAGACUACAUUUCUGCAGCCAUGGUCUUGUGUCAUUUCUGACUCUAUAUUUGCUGUAAAUGAAUCCAUCUCUUACUCCAGAUUCUACAGCUGCUGUUUUGAUUGGAUUAAGCUUGAGCUGAAUUAUCAAGCAGUGAAGUGCAGUAAUGGGAUGACGGAGAAGAGAGCUCGGCUGAUUGGGUGAUUACUUGGCUUAUUAGUCUCAUUUCCAUAGCAGACCUCUCAGAACAGGGUGUCAUACAAAUACUGGAGGUUGAAUUUAUGGUGUUAUUUAGUUGUUUACAUUUAUGUUGAAUAGAAAUCUUACCUAUGGCAGGUUCGUCUAAUUGGUCAAGGAGAUGAUAAUGCAAACAGCCACAUUCCUGUAUAAUUGUACAUGUGGCAGAGCAUUGCUGAAGGAUUGCACCUUGGACAGACAACUGCUCCAUCUUAACCUUGACCAAGCAAGUGCAAGUACCCCCUUUCUAUGUGGCGAUACUGAUCCCCAGUGGUAAAUGUGAGUAACAGCAACAAAUGGGACCAUACUGUUGCCGCUGAUGUACCAGUAUUGUGUGUGGUAGGAAAAUAAACCAACAGCUCUGGGUCUCAUACAGUGGAACACUAAAAAGAGCAAAUUGACUGUUAGCCUCAUAAGUCAGUGCUUCACUGAUUUUCUUAUAGCCAUAGCGUGACCUCCUCUCCACUCUGGGCGCCUGAGGCAACAUUUUGCUCUCAGGCACCUGCUGUGGGAGGAGGUGUUAUCAGGAUAGGCCUCCCACCUGACCAAAAGCAACAGCUCUGACCUGGUUUGCUGGGACUCAGUCUGUAGAUUAGACAAAUACUUUCUGAUGCCCCCCCCCCCCACCAGUCUCAACAUAACAAACAAUAACCAACUAUAAUAAAAUAUCACAGCAUCAUUCUUUCUCUGUAUAUGACUGAGAGCUGAUCAGCAAACAAUCGGUUCCUCUCUAAAGAAAAAAAAAAUCUUUCUUGUGGUCUUAGCAGGUUUAAUCUAUGCAUGCCUUUUGUAUACAGUGAUUGGUCUUGCCAAACUCUCACCUACACUUGUACAGAGAGCUAUGGGUGCCAUUGUUGCAGGCCAUGGGACUGGUUGAAACAAACUGCUGUAAGAGCAAGCAAGACCAUUAAAAUGUUUUGAAUCUGGUACAAAUCAAAGCCAGGUGCGAAAAAUCACCUUCACCUGCACUCACAAUUGAAUUUAAAGAGGCGUGCAUCUUACAAAAUAAGCAUUUGUUUACUUGGGAUGAUUGUACUUGUACACAUAUCUAUCCACACACAGGGAGAUCUGCUCAGUUGUGUAAGCUGUAGAUAAAGCGAUUGAUAUUCCAAGCAGGAUGGUGGGACUGAUCAAUGCUGUAUGGGGAUAGGAUUAUUAAUGGCAUACUUACAUUGAUCUAUCUUGAACCUUGUCACUCUCCCAAAAUCCCUCUGGAGCAGGAGGAGGCAUACAGAGCUCUUAUAGACCUGGUUGGCACUCAUUCCUAGGUUUCCACAUUACCUUUUAAGACAAUUUCACUUUUCCUCUUUUAAGAACGAGAUGGUGCCAGAUUUCAGCUUUAUUCUCCAGGUCUGAGCCGAUGUAACGCUCUCUCGCCUCUCCCGCUCCUUAGAGGAAGCUGUCACUGCUAUAGCUCUGUAUUUGUUGGAGUCCUCUAAUGGAAAAUACUGAUGUGUAUUUCUCAGAUUUGGCAGGGGUAAAUUUAUCCUCUCCUCUCUCUUUCGAUCUCUCUCUUCUUUCUCUCUCUUUCUCUCUUUCUCUCUCUCUCUCUCUCUCUCUCUUGCUCUCUCUGUCAACCUGGCACCGACCUCGUUAAACAUUUCAGAACAUUUUUCAUCGAUCACUCUUAGUUUUUGCACUAAUGCAUAUUUGUUCCUCUUUGACACGGUCAUUACUGACUUCCGAAACCUAGGAAUGGGUGCUGAGCGCUCCAAUUAAAUGCAGAGCUAAUAUAAAGACAGGUUGUUCAGCUUGAUGAAAUGGAUGGUGUCAAAUGAUUAAUGACUAAAGCAUAUGGCUUGCUCACAACAGCGACUGUUAUACAGUUAGUACCAAAUUUAGACUUUCCUCCCCUCUGGCUUCACAAACAUCUGACUGUACCUGAACUAUCACAUUUAUAUUUUUGAUGUUUGGAUCCUUGGAUGUGAAGAACAGAAACUGUACAUAUUAGAUCUAUUAGCCAUAUCACGUCAUCCAAUCUGUAGACCUCCUUGCCAUGUCUGACAGAGGAAAAUGACUGUUGAACUGUAAAUAGUGUAGGUAUAGUAAUAGAGGAUUUAACUGCUGCUUCUUUUCUCCAGGGAUCACCCAUGUUUUGCUCAGUCCCAUGGCUGCUUGGUCUCAAAGGGAAGGAUAAGACAAUAAUGUACUUGUCUAUAAAACACAUAUGAGUUCGUUUUUUAUUUCAAUGUAUGUUUUAUAUACUGUCUGUCUUGUAAAUUAACUCCUUUUUCGUCAUAAAAGCAUGAUGUGACUCUGUCA